AAGAGAGAGAGAGAGAGAGACUGUGCAUGAAGGAGAAAGAAGGCAAAAUAUGCAGGCUCAAAGCAGAGCAAGCAUGCAAGAAAGUACUGACACCAAAGUGGAGCCGUAAAAUGAGAAUCAAGUGAAAGAGAAAUGAUGUGUUUUGGAGAGAAGAAGGGGUGAUGUGUUUGUGUAGGGAGAGGAGAGAAAGGGGAAGGGUGUGAGUGAGCAUGCUCGGUUUGGACUGACAUUGGAGCUCAGCUUUCCUCUGUCUCGCACACACCCAGCAGCGGUGACCACCUACCACACUCCAGGGGACAGAGACGACAUGGCUUAGGAAGAAAAGUCACACUGACUUUGUUUGGGACUUUCCCUUUCUCUUUUUCUUUUUUUUUUCCUCCUCUCUCGCUAGCUACAGCCUUCUCUACUUCCACCGGGAAACCAUGAGAGAGCAGGGCUUUGUUUCCCAAUCGCCAUAGGAUUAUUCUUGCAGCGACUGUUUGACACCACACAGGAUUAGUUUGUUCAUAGAAACAAGGCCCUUCUCCUGCCAUGGGAAUUGUGCUUUUGUGCUGCAAACCUGCAAUUUUGGGGAAUGGUUUUGGAAGCGGAUAUACCUGUUUUUUUUAAAAAGUGCUGCAGUGCCAAACGGUCCCUGAAGUUCUGGCACCGGGAAAAACAAAGGUGGAACUUUGUGAAAGGGUAAUUAUCCGGUGUUGGAGGCGAUCUACAGUGACUUUGCUAAACUGUCUCAUGUUGCUUUGAGUUCCUAGUGGCUGACUGGGAGCAGCCAGGGAGUGGCAGGUUGACCAACCACACGCUGACGGGCUGCUUACAGGCUGCUUACAGUCCACAUUAGAGUCAGGUUCUUUCACCUAGCAGCCUUCCUGGUGGAUUCCUGUUCUGCCGGCUGCUCCAGGGACUUUGGACUUUAAAAUCUUCUAGUGUUUUGGACUCUAAGGACACAGACAUAAGGCCUCUGGUCUCCUCUCGUCCCAUCCCCUUGUGGGCUGUCACUUUCCCAGCCUUGAAGCAUCUCCUUGCCCUCCCAUUCUUUCAUUACAGCUUCCCCCCCCGGACCCUGAUGACCUCAUGCUCCCUAAAUGGGGGCCCAGAAGGAUAAAAUGUGAUCCUGUGUUAUGUGUUGUGUUUUGGACAGCAGCGACAGUGUGUGGUUUCCAUGGAAAGCGCCAGAGGAAUAUGGAGUUGAGGGUCUGCGUGAAUGCUCUACCCCUAUGUCUCUGGUCCAAGUGAAAUCCAAGCCGGCUUGUGUAGCGCUGCAAGCUCCGCCCUGGAGCUCCUUGUUCAGACUCUUCUCAUGUGUAGCCUCCAGAACCGUGCACAGGACUAAAGAGGUCCCCACAUUUCAAGAGAAGACGAAAGCCUUAUUUGGAAAUCUUAUGGACGAAGAAAUGAGUCGCCAGACUGCCACCGCGCUGCCCACAGGAACCUCCAAGUGUCCCCCCUCCCAGCGUGUGCCCACCUUGUCAGGCACCACCGCCUCCAACAGUGACCUGGCCAGCCUGUUUGAGUGCCCUGUCUGCUUCGACUAUGUCCUACCCCCCAUCCUGCAGUGCCAGUCCGGACACCUGGUAUGCUCCAACUGCCGGCCCAAGCUCACCUGCUGCCCCACCUGCCGAGGCCCCCUGGGCUCCAUCAGGAACCUGGCCAUGGAGAAGGUGGCUAACUCGGUCCUCUUCCCCUGCAAGUACGCGUCGUCGGGCUGCGAAGUCACCCUGCCUCACACCGACAAGACGGAGCACGAAGAGCUGUGCGAGUUCCGGCCGUACUCGUGCCCCUGCCCCGGCGCCUCCUGCAAGUGGCAGGGCUCCCUGGACGCGGUCAUGCCUCACCUGAUGCACCAGCACAAGUCCAUCACCACACUGCAGGGGGAGGACAUCGUCUUCCUGGCCACGGACAUCAACCUGCCGGGCGCGGUGGACUGGGUAAUGAUGCAGUCCUGCUUCGGCUUCCACUUCAUGCUGGUGCUGGAGAAGCAGGAGAAGUACGACGGCCACCAGCAGUUCUUCGCCAUCGUGCAGCUCAUCGGCACUCGCAAGCAGGCGGAGAACUUCGCCUAUCGACUGGAGCUCAACGGGCACCGGCGCCGCCUGACCUGGGAGGCCACGCCGCGCUCCAUCCACGAGGGCAUCGCCACGGCCAUCAUGAACAGCGACUGCCUGGUGUUCGACACGUCCAUCGCACAGCUGUUCGCCGAGAACGGCAACCUGGGCAUCAACGUCACCAUCUCCAUGUGCUAAGAACUUUCAAAGAGGAGAGGGUCAAAAAGUUACAGAUUGUCAGGGGGCAUUUUUUAGGGGGGUCAAAUCAGUUGUGACCUCACAGCGCGCCCCCUCUCUGCCUCACCCCUUGAGACGUGGAACUGGACUGUCUGAUCGGGCAGCCGCGGAGGCCCAGGGGGUGGGAUGGAUGGAUGAAUGAAUGAAUGGGUGAGUGGAGGAAUGAUGAAUAAUCACAAGGACAUAACUGUGUAGUGAUGGCUAUAGACUCCUAAACACACAUAAACGUAUAUAUGUGAGACUCGUGCACGCACAUGUGGUCUCGCGCUGUCGGUCAUAAACAACGGACACAAACUGAAAAGCUGUUCGGUCAAACUCGCUUUGUCAAACUCUCGUCCCUUCCAGCGAUCUCCCGCCACUCGUAUUUUAGUGUCACUCUCUCUCUUCCUCUCAGUCAUCCUCAGACAUUUCAGACACUACAGUUCUCCGACCUUCACUCCGAGACGGGGGAGGCUGAUCGCCACCGAGCGGCCCGGCGCCCCCCCCUCCCCCCCGACAGCUACACACUGAGGAAAAGGCUCAAGCUAUAUUUCAACACGGACUCCUGGUCAGUGCUGGGCAGCCAGCUACCUAUCUCGCUCCCCCUGCAACCUCCACCUCGUUCCCUGCUGUUUGUGAUCCACCUCAGACCUCCCGGAUCGAAGCGGCUCACCGACUCUCGGCUGCGGCCGGGUUUCACCACAGCGGGCGUCUUCAUGCAUUAGCUAGCUCAAAGUGGAACCCAGAGCCCAGGAAGUUCCUUAUCGCAGAUUUGGGUUUAUAUCUUAACAUGCGACUGACGCGGCUAUCGACCGGCUGGGACUGGAACCACCACCGGCAUACGGGGGACGGCUGUAGCACCCCGAACCCGCCCAGUUCUGUCCAGGACUGCGGUAAAGGAACUCGGCCUGUAGAAGAUCCGUACAGGCUCAUCUGGGUUCCCUCGGCCCACAUCUGGUCCACCCAAGGCUAAAGAUUGUGCAUCGGACGCUCUUUAAAUAGUUGACUGUCGUCGUUGAUAGUUAUUAGAACAGACUCUGCUCUCAUACUGUACGGAUUUAAGAAGGCCCUCAGCUCCAUCAGCCCUGGACUUUUUUAUUUAGAUUUCCACGGAACGGACGCAGCGGUGAAGUUCUCGCACACGCCCGUUCUUUGCAUCGCCGGCUGUGUGCGCAGGUGUAAUGGUGGAUGAAUUUGGUGUGUGUCGGAGUGGCCGAGGAUCAGAGCGGUCUUUUUCGUUUUUUGUUUGUUGGUUGUUUUUUCAGAACGAGGCAAAAAAAAAAACACUGCAUUUCAGUUGAGUCAGUUUUCUUUUUGAGGUUUAUUUCUCAAGUCUGUUGUUUCUUUUUAAUUAUUUUAGUUGUCUUUUUUGUAUGAGUGGAGAGAAGAACUCCUGAUAUUUGUGUGUGUGUGUGUGUAUGUGUGCGUGCAAGACGGACAUGUGGCAAAAAGCCUGCUCACUCUCUUCCUUCUCCUCUCCCCGCUUCUUCUUCCCGUUUCAUUUCUGCUCUGGCUCCAUCUCGCUGUCUGCCAGCCUCAACCACUGAUUGACUGAUCACCCAACCAGGAAGGAGGGACAGUUUCUACCGUUACAAUGUUGCUAUUGUUAUUAUUAAAUGGAGAUUAUCAUGAUUAUCAUUUUUUGUAAUGACUUUUAAAAACAAAGAUUAAAAGGCAGUUGUAAAACUUGUGGCUAAACUUCAGUGUUUGUAGUUAAAAAGCAAGUUGUGUCGUUCUUCUGAAGGUUUGUUUUUUCAGAGUUGGAUUGUUUUUCUUCUCAUCUAUUUGUCUCUCCGUCCUCUUGUUUGUGUGGUAAGUCUUUUCUUUUUUUUUGUCUAUGAGUAGGGAGGGAGGUCAAGCCAAUCAUCUCUCCCUUUCUCUUCAUGUGGAGUCACAGUAAUGUUGCUGCUCUCCCUCAACUCCUUUUUUUUCUGUUUUGUCAUUAAAUAAAUCUAUCUUUUUCAUA